AAACGAUAUUAUUUAUUCCUAUUCAUUUAUUAUUAUUAUCUGUUAUUAUUAUUAUUAUUGCGCGUGCAGAGAGAUGUAGUUUCCCAAAGUGGAAUAGCGCAUUGACGGCGAGCUCUCUCCGACUUUCAGUGAACACCAGCUCUUUGAUCCGAAUAAUAGCGCAGACUGUCCGGAGGAACACUAACAUAGCAGGCCUUCAGUCUAAAUCAGCGGAGGUAUAUUCCCUCAUUGACGCACUUUCGCCGUCUCUCCUCUAUUUACGCUGGACGAGACUCAUUAACCCUUGCGCGCGUCGUCGCAGCGCCAUGCGGUAUCGAUAACCUGUCGCUUCUCUGAUAUAUUUGAGACCUCAAUUCGGCACCUGCAGCUCCCUUUCUCUGCCCAAGAUGGCUUCUCCCAGUCAAACACAAGGAUCGGGUCCAGCGACACAACCGUUGACGCCGCCUGCUGACCCUCCAACCAACGCCACUUCACAAGCCAACGCGACAGCCUCAUCUAGUCAGUCUAUGGGCCAGCCAGCGCAGGUACCGGCAACUUCCCUACAGGAUACGGGAAAAUCGCGCCGGCCACGGGAUGCGCGACUCAUCCACAUGUUGCUUGCAUCCCAAGGAGUAACGGCAUACCAGGAACGGGUCCCGCUCCAGCUCCUCGAUUUCGCAUACCGUUAUACCUCGAGUGUGCUGCAAGAUGCAGUCCACCUAGCUACCGAAGGAUAUGCAGGUGCCAUCACGGCGCCGGGAGAAUCGGGUUCUGGAGCGGCACCCCGUGCUGGCGCGGAGAUCCAGUCCGUCUCUCUACCUGCACUGCGACUGAGCAUCGCCUCCCGAUUACACUAUCAAUUUCAACCGGCGCUACCGAAGGAGUUCCUCAUGGACGUCGCAGCGGAGAGGAAUCGGAUCGCGCUUCCCGGCGCACAGAGAGGAUAUGAUACAAAUGCUACCGCAAAUCGGCAGAACGCCUAUUCGAGCGUCAUGAUGGGUGGAAUGAGGCUGCCACCUGAGAGGUUCUGUCUGUCGGGCACGGGAUGGAACUUGAAGGAUUCAUGGGAAAGCGAAGGAGAAGAGGAGGUGGAAGAAGCAACAGCGGCCCAGAACGCGGAAGCGAAUGCUGCUGAGAGAGAGGGAGAAGAGGGUGAAGGGGAAGACGAAGGCGAUGGCAAGAUGGAGGACAUUUUCGGAGAAGACACGGCCAUGGGCGAAGGUGGAGAGGAAGAUAAGACCAUGACGGACGUUUGAUUUCCGUUUAGAACAUCUUCUUUUGGCGCACAUCCAAACCUCCCCGGGUCUUUUUUUCUUCUUCGAACGAGCACACUUGGACUGAUCGGGACUGGAUUGCUGGGUUAUGAAUUGAAACCAGAAGCAGGAACAGUGGAGUUUGAGGCGCAAGGCAGGAUGUACCUACCCAUCAUGUAUAAGGAUAUAUCUUUUUUUUUGAGGGAGAAGGAACUAUUUUCUCAAUGGAAGGGGGUUUAUUUGAUACCUUUUUAGGCAUG